AUGACCUCUCGCUUGAAGAGUUUAGGCUUCGGUUCCAAACGAAAGAGUAGUGCCAACAUCCAGUCCAACUCCGUCGCUUCGCCAAACGGCUCCAUCUCCACCACUGCUACCACUCCUCCCCCUCCCAAUUCCUCCCAGACCAGCCUGCCGCCCAUGAACCAGCAAGGCGCACCAGGUCGUCCGCCGAGUUAUUCAUACCAGACCGUUCAGGGCCGUCCUCAGUCUCCCCUACCGCCUCCGCAGAACCAAAUGGCGCACCAUCCUCCUCCCAUCGAUACCAGACAAGGCUAUAUGGGAGGGAACCCCCAGCUAGGCCCUCCUCAACCCCCGGGGUAUGGAGGUGCCUAUGCUCAGAUCGGACCUCAGCCUGGCAUCCAGCAUACUGCCAAUCAAUAUGCUCCUGGCCGUGCUGCCGAGGUCGAGGCUUCAAAUCGUAACAAGGCUCAGCUCAUUGUGGGCAUCGAUUUUGGAACGACCUUCUCGGGUGUGGCAUACGCUUUCGCGACGAACACCGAAGCCAAGGAAGAUAUAAUUUCAGAAUGGCCCGGCGCAGGCAACCAGACGAAGCAAAAGAUCCCUACCGUUUUGUACUAUGAUCAAUAUCAAAAAGUCGUUGGCUGGGGUCCAGAUAUCGCAGAGGCACUAGCUCCAACGGGAUAUCCCAAGCCCGGUGUCCAAAAGGUGGAAUGGUUCAAACUCCAACUCAUGUUGUCCGGGAAUACAUACAUAGAUCCUAUCAACCUGCCUCCACUACCCCCUGGAAAGUCGGAAAUCGAUGUCGCGGCCGACUACCUCUUCAAACUCCGCAAUGCCAUGCGAGUGUACCUGGGGAAGACGCUCGGUGAGGUGUUCAACCGUGAGGAGCGAAACAUUCGGUACUUCUUGACGGUCCCAGCCAUUUGGAACGAUGCAGGCAAAGCAGCGACCCGGGCGGCCGCCAUUCAAGCUGGCUUUAUCCGAGAUGAGAAUGAUAACAGACUGACUCUGAUCACCGAACCCGAAGCAGCCGCCAUGUUCUGCUCGAAGACUGGACUGCUCAACCUCAAGAUCCACGAUGCUGUCUUGAUUGUCGACUGUGGCGGUGGUACUGUCGAUCUGAUCGCCUAUGAAGUCGAAGAAGAGACUCCGUUCUCGGUAGCCGAAUGCACUGCUGGCAGCGGUGACUCCUGCGGUUCUACGGCUCUCAAUCGCAACUUCUCCAACAUCCUACGUGCCAAGAUCCGACGAAUGAAACUCCCCGAUGGUUCAAAAACUGCCGGAAGAGUGUAUGCGAAAUGUAUUAUGGACUUUGAGAAUCGAAUCAAGGCUGAUUUCCGCAACAACGGCCAGAAGUGGGCUGUUGAUGUCGGUAUCGAAGCUGAAUUUCCCGAAGCCGGCAUCGAAGAAGGUUACAUGACAUUCACGAAUGAAGAAAUCCUUCAGUGCUUCGAACCGGUCGUCAACCGUAUCCUUGAGCUGGUCCGCAACCAGAUCAUUGCCAUUCAAGCACAAAACAGAUCUUUGCAGAAUGUUCUGGUGGUUGGUGGGUUCGGCGCGUCUGAGUACCUCUUUCAGCAAAUCAAGCUUCACGUGCCGCCACAGUUCCAGUCCAAAGUUGUCCGUCCCAUGGACUCGGUCGCUGCCAUCGUCAAGGGUGCGGUUACGGCAGGUAUUACCGAGCGAGUUGUUACAUCCCGUGUAGCCCGCAGACACUACCUCAUGGCAACUUUGCAGCCUUUCAAGGAGGGUUAUCAUCCAGAACAAUACCGAGUCCCCAGUCUUGAUGGCAAAGACCGAUGCAAAUAUACCAGACAGAUCUUCGUUCAAAAGGGCGAAAGGGUCAAGAUUGGCGAGCCGGUGAAGGUAUCAUUCUUCCGACAAGUUGCACCAGGUGCCACGUUGAUGUACGAAGACAUCCUAUACGCCUGCGAUGAAGAUGUUUGUCCUGAAUACACGAAAGACCCCCGUAUCAAGGAGGUUGUCACACUCACCUCGGAUUUGUCAAGAAAGAACCUUGAAAAGGAUUUUGAACGCAUGGACACACCUCAAGGAACAUUUUACCGCGUCUACUUCGACAUCUAUCUCACAUUAGACGGAUCAGAGUUCAACGCCGAACUCGUCUGCCAAGGAGAAGUCAUGGGUCGUUGCACGGCUCGGUUCAGAUAA